CAGCCCGGAAGAGACGCUGCGUCGCGCCCGCCCCUUCCUUUCCUGCCUCGGCCUCGGACCCUGCAGCCGCCGCGAUGUUAAUGCCCAAGAAGAACCGGAUUGCUAUAUAUGAACUCCUGUUUAAGGAGGGGGUGAUGGUGGCCAAGAAGGACGUCCACAUGCCCAAGCACCCCGAGCUGGCAGACAAGAAUGUACCCAACCUUCACGUCAUGAAGGCCAUGCAGUCUCUCAAGUCCCGAGGGUACGUGAAGGAACAGUUUGCCUGGAGGCAUUUCUACUGGUAUCUUACCAACGAGGGCAUCCAGUAUCUCCGUGAUUACCUUCACCUGCCUCCUGAGAUUGUGCCUGCCACCCUGCGCCGCAGCCGUCCUGAGACUGGCAGGCCUCGGCCCAAAGGGCUGGAGGGUGAGCGGCCUGCAAGACUCACCAGAGGGGAAGCUGACAGAGACACCUACAGACGGAGCGCUGUGCCCCCCGGUGCUGACAAGAAAGCAGAGGCUGGUGCUGGGUCAGCAACUGAGUUCCAGUUUAGAGGCGGAUUCGGUCGUGGACGUGCUCAGCCACCUCAGUAAAGCUGAAGAGAGUUAUUUUGUGUUGAAUAAAUUUUUAGCCAGAAAACA